GUUUACAUUUUUGUACCCGUUUGAUUGGAUUUCCAAAUGCAAACAAAAUCGGCUUAAAUCUGAGCCGCAAUGGAGUUGAACGUCUUCGACGACUGCUGGGAGUUGGUGCAGCGAUUUCAGAGACUGGUAAACGAUGGCGAAAACUGCGAGUUCGAGACGUUCUGCCGUUGCUGGCGGGAUAUGCAGCUGCAGCACCUCUUCACCGGCCAGUCGAACCACACAGAGGUGAUAGCCACCACUCUGGCGGCCCUGCACGUGGCCAAAAGGCUGUCCUGCUCCCGCCGAACCACUGGCGACGUAUUCGCAGCUUCUUCCGCCCAAAGGAUCGGGGGAUUCUAUCUGCUCUACGUGAUCUACUACAAGCAGCCCACCCACAACUUUGUCAAGAUCGAGGUCUCACCGCGCACCUGGCAGGAACUCACCGACUACGUCCUGCAGCUGCGGAUGGAGAGUCCGGAGCGGAUGGACACCCAGCAGGUGGCUUACAUGUUGUGGCGCCUCGUCCAGGAGCAGGCCUUCCGCUUCACAGCGCUGGACUACUGCCAGGGAUUGGACAACCUGGUGGACUACGACCGACUGGAGAUUGUGGCGGGUGCCAAGAGGCAAAAACAAAGUGCCUUGAUGCAGAAGCAACAGCGUCCCAAUAACGUCAAUCUCACCUACGAACUGGAGGGACUGCGAACCCUGGACCUCGCCAGUCAGCCGUUGUGUGAUCUGGAGUCGGCGUACAAUGCUCAAAAGGCUCAGCUGGCUGGUCAAGAACAGGCUCUGCCGCCCACUCAAAUAUUUGGCCAGCUGCGCAAUGUUUUCGCCGAAAUCCAAAGUAUACUGGGAGAGAAAAAGAACACUGCAGAAGAGGAUCAACCCACAACUUCUGCAAGCAACCAGUUAGAAGUGCGCCAAAGGGUGCGAAACAAGGCCCUGUAUGGCGUUGAGAAAAGGGAGCCGCAGGAACAGGCGGAGGAGUUGGAAGUGGAACUUGAGGUCAACGAGGCGUAUCAGCGGAGGAUGUCAUCGGCAACCGUGUUCCAGCAGCAACUGCCCGAGGAUGUACAGCGGGAGUAUGAUGAGAUCUAUGAUUACAGUGAUGACGAAAAAGAGGAGGCCGAGGAUAGCGAGCUAACAGAGGAUGAAGUUCAAGAACUACUGGGCUCCUAAGAUAGUUUAUAAAACUUAAGAUGACAAAGGAAUUUUGAUAA